CUUCAUUUUUUGUGCAAUAUCUAACAUGAGUGGAACGCUGAUGUCCGUUCUUUUAUUUAUCUUAAUAUGUGCGCCCACGUUGCACGCCCAGGUCCUUUGCAAGAUUCCCGAGCAAGGCAAGAUGCCCAUCAAACAAAAACGCGACAUGGAUCGGGAUGAAUACAAAAGGAGUGGGGCGCCAAGUCCAGAAACGAUGGCCAUUGAACCGGAUGCUUUCAUACCUAAUGAAAACAGGCUGGAUUUAAAUGAAGAUGGAGGUGCCGUUAGACCUGGUCCUGGGAAAUUAACGAAAAAAAAGCAGUCAUACAGGCUAAAGAUCCCAUACAGGCAGAGCACCUUCAUGCGGAAUCCGAACUAUAGAAGGAUCAACAGGAAGCUUGACAAGAUCGCCGAAAGGAUGUUUAUGCUACAAUUGCCCCUACCGCAUCCCGGCGCCCAGCCAGGCAGCUCCAAUGGCUGUGACCAGUCCACGGUAAAACCGACUGCCAAAUUUAUCAAAGUCAAAAGUUAAUAGCAAGCCGCAAAGCUGGUUUAGAAUCGAACUAAAAUGCGAACCAAAUUAAUUUGUUUACAAAAACUA